UUCCGCGCCUGCCCGCUCCAGGAACCACGUGGGGCCGGGGCGUGUUUCCGGUGCCGGCUGCCCCAGACGGAGUUGCAGCUGGAGCAUCUGGAGGGGCUGUCUGUGCUCAGGACCAUGGCCAACAGCGAACGCACCUUCAUCGCCAUCAAGCCUGAUGGGGUCCAGCGCGGCCUCGUGGGAGAGAUCAUCAAGCGUUUUGAGCAAAAGGGGUUCCGCCUCGUUGCUAUGAAAUUAAUUCAGGCUUCUGAAGACCUUCUCAAGGAGCACUACAUUGACCUGAAGGACCGUCCAUUCUUUGCUGGCCUGGUGAGGUACAUGCAGUCGGGGCCUGUGGUUGCCAUGGUCUGGGAGGGGCUGAAUGUGGUGAAGACAGGCCGGGUGAUGCUCGGGGAGACCAACCCUGCGGACUCCAAGCCCGGGACCAUCCGUGGGGACUUCUGCAUCCAAGUCGGCAGGAACAUCAUCCAUGGCAGCGACUCCGUGGAAAGCGCGGAGAAGGAGAUCGGCUUGUGGUUCCAGCCCGAGGAGCUGGUGGAUUACAGGAGCUGCGCUCAGAACUGGAUCUAUGAGUGACGCAGACGACCCAGACCGCGGCGCUCUGCCCGCCCCGCCCCCUCCCCGGAGCAGGGGGCCAGGCUCUAGCAAAACCGGUUCUUUUUGAGACCUCCCUUAAGCCUCCGGAGGGGAACUCUGGGAGCUGCGAGCGCUCCCUGUACAGUGUUAUAUGCUACCAUUGGAUUAAAGUGUUUCAUCCCAACACAGGA